UUUAAGUUUCGUUUGUGAGAGUGUAAAAGCAGCUGACAGUGCAGCAGCAGAGACACAGACACCAUGUUCUCAUGGGGAGAGGACAGUCAGCGGGGCUUCCGGCUGAGAGACGGCUCUCUGGUCGACGGCUCAGCUGGGGACGGGGUUCAGCAUCUAGACCUCGGUUAUCACAUCACCGACCUGUCAGCAGGACACAGUGUGCUGGCCUUCGUCAAAAGCAAUGGCAACUCCUUCAUCAUUCGCACAAAUGAGAGAAAAGACGGAAGCAGAGUCAGAGGGAAACAGAAGCAUGUGGACUGUAAAGAGAAGAUUAAAGCAGUGAGCUGUGGGGACGAUGUGGUCACACUGCUGUCUGAGAGAGGCAAAGUCCUCAGUGUGGACACUCACACUUACAUUCCAAGGACUCUGGAAGCUUUAUGCAACAUAGCAGUUUCUCAGGUUGCUUGUGGGAGCCAGCAUUCAGUUGCCCUGACCAAAGAUGGUCAGGUGUAUACAUGGGGCCAGGACUGCAGAGGCCAGCUGGGUUUGGGGAAGAGGAAGGCCGGUGCCAAUUCACCCCAACACCUGCGAUCUCUGUCAGCGAUCCCCCUGGUCCAGAUCGCUGCAGGGGGAGAGCAGAGCUUCGCCCUCUCUGUCUCUGGAGGUGUGUUCGGCUGGGGCAGAAACGACUGUGGACAGCUCGGGCUGGGAGACACGACAGACAGACACACUCCAACAUCUGUUCGUGGCCUGCUCAUGAAGAAAACUGUUCACGUUUCCUGUGGAAAGGACCACACUGCCAUUUUGACAAAGGAUGGUGCAGUGUUUACGUUCGGCUCUGGUAAAUGUGGACAGCUUGGGCACAACUCAUCCAGAGAUGAACUACGACCUCGGCUUGUUGCAGAGCUCUGGGGGGCAAAAAUCAUCAAGAUUGCAUGUGGACGACAUCACACAUUAGUGUUGACAGACUCCAAGAAGCUCUACUCCUUUGGGUGUGGAGAGCAAGGGCAGCUGGGACACGGAGAGGAGAGUCAGUCUGUGCCGCUACCUGUUCAACUGCCACGAGACCCUGCUGAUGACCUUACAAUUAGAAACAUCUUUGCAGGAGGAAACUGUUCGUUUGCUACAUGCACGCCUAACGAGGAAGCUUAUGAGGAGCCCAACAACAAUGAAACACAGCCCUGUCUUGAGGGCAUGAUUGACAGAUGGACCUCUGAAUGUGAUUCAAAGGCAUGGAAAAAGAUAAAACAGGAAAUUCACAGGACAUUUUCCUCUGCAUCUUGUGUGAAUAACAGCUUCCUAGAGCAAAGAAAGGAUAAACACUUCCAGACUUCCCCAAAGUACUCUGGCGUAAACUUGUCACUUGCACGAAUUGCUUUCAAGAAACUGGUGAAGAAAGACAAUGUUUUGGCAGAGGUUGAAGAUGGUCUCCUGCACUUGCUUCGUUCCCUUGAUAAGAAUCCAGUGGGAGUGGAGGGGUUGAGGAUCUACCUGCUUCUCAAUGAGCUUCUGCACGUGAUCCAGAAACACAACAAGAGAAAUACAAGCACAAAGCUCGCUGAGGCAGUCGCUGCUACCGUACUGAGUUUGUCGGCUGACAGCCUCCAGGUCAUAGGGGACUGGUGGUCCUCACUGUCACCCACCACCAUGGUUAAACAUGUGAAGGUGUGGAAGAAGGCCCUCUCAGUGAUCCUGUCCUUUGAGCCUGUACCUCGCAACUCUGGAGUCAGAAACCUGCUGCGAGUCCUCCAGUAUAUGCACAAUACCAACAGCAGGAUCGCAGAACCUCGAAGGAUGCCAGAAAGCGAUUUUUGUUUGUUGCUUGACAUACACUUUCUCGAUGAGGAUCUGCGGCAUUGGCGUUUACGGUCACAGCGCAAGAACAUGCAUGCUGAGCCACUUGUUCUCUGUAGCUUUCCCCUUGUGAUGGAUCUACAGUCAAAGAAAUUUGUUUUUGACAUGAAUGCUGAAUACACCAAGUUAAACGCAUCGGAUAGUUUAUUUGGAUAUGGAUGCUGUCUUCCACUACCUGAAGACAUAUUCUUUCAAAUGGACCUGAAGCGGACAUCGGUUUUGGAGGACACCUUUGAACAACUGGCUACUGCUGAUCACAGUGACUACAAGCUGCCACUUGUGGUUUUUUUUGAUGAAAACUACACAAUCGAUAAUAUUUACAGCAAAGACUUUUUUUACGAAGCGUUUCACGAGAUGGUGUCACCUGUAUCUGGGAUGUUCAUGUUCAAUGACUCUGAAACGUUGGCAUGGUUCCCUUCCAGAGCAACACAGGAGGACCAGCGAUACUUCCAGUUCGGGGUUCUGUGUGGAUUGGCUUUAUACAACCAGUGCAUCAUAUACUUGCCCUUUCCACUGGCUCUGUUCAAGAAGCUGCUCGGUGUAAAGCCUUCACUGGAGGACAUGAAAGAAUUCAGCCCAUGUGUUGGAAAGAGUUUACAGUACAUUCUGGAAGACUGCAACGAUGACGACUUACAAGACCAGGACUUGUAUUUUUCAAUCACCUGGGAUGGGACAAUGGUUGACCUUGAUCCUGAAAAUCCUGAAAAUCCAGUGACAAGUGAAAAUAAGAAGGAGUUUGUGAAUGCCUACGUGAAUCAUGUCUUCAACACAUCAGUGGAGGGUGUGUUUCAGGAGUUCAAGCGAGGCUUCUUCCAGGUGUGUGACCGAGAUUUGGUAAAGUUGUUCCAUCCAAAGGAGCUGCAGGAAGUUCUGGUGGGAAAAGACUUCCAUGACUGGGCAAAGCUGAAAGAGAACACAAGUUAUGAGGAGGAGUACCACAUUGACCAUCCUACCAUACAGAUGUUUUGGGAGGUUUUUGAUGAACUAAAUGAGGAUCAGAAGAAAGCGUUCCUUUGGUUUGUGACAGGUUUUGAAAGGGAGCCUAUUCUUGGCAUGGAAAAGAUCAAGAUGAAAGUCCGAGUAAAGGAAGUCCAGGACCUCUCCUAUGACCAGUACUACCCUGAGACACAAACAUGUUUCUCAGAACUGCAGCUGCCCUUAUACUCAACCAAGGAGCUCAUGCAAACCAAGCUGACAGAGGCCCUGAGCAACCAUAAAAAAAUGUACUAGUGAUAGUGAGGCUAUACCAUGACUAUUUACUGUAUCUCUACUGAACAGAGGACUUAAGUUUGUAACAAAGCACUUUGUAAAUGGCUGACCAAAGAGCAGCCUUUGUGGCUACUGUAACUGUGUAUUAACAUGAUGGGUUUAAAAGUCUUUAUGAUAUAGAUGAUGUGUGUGGUGGGUGUAUAGCAAACAUUCAAGUAUAUACUGUAUAUAAAUAAUUUGCAGAGAUGUUUUAAGUAAGUUAUUUGAUUAUAUCUCCUCUAUCACAGUGUCACCAACUUUUGGGGCCAAGUUUAACAAAAUAAAUGUAUACAGAAAAUCUUAAUCCUCUGUAGAGACUGUGCAUGUUUGUGGAGAUGAGGGUGAAAUGAGUGAACUUUCAAAACAUUUGAUACACACAAAAUACAUUCUUCUAUGCAUCUCAGCUAUGGAAUAAUGGCUUAAAGUGAACAUAAAUAUACACCUUAAGACAGAGCAAAUGUUAUGUUGUCAAACUGCUUUCCAGGUUAAUAGUUUAAUUCAACUGCAGCAUCUCUUGCAUAUAUCUAGACAAUAAGACUUUGAGCAUCUGUUUUUUAUCCCGGUGACUGGAGAGUUUUUCAUGGAACAGCAAAUGUACUGCAACUGAAGAGUUCACUGCUGCGGAUAGCUGGGUUAAUAUAAGUUGAAGUGAAAUAAUGCAACUCAUACACAUGAAAUAUAUGAUUUAUGAGAUAUAUGUUGAUAUGAUUACCUUCUAUCUGUGCUGAUGGAGCCAGUACUGAUAGUGGGGCCUUAAACUGUUUGGAUGUAUAGUGUUUAAAUAGAAACAAUGGGAAGCCCCACCAGUGAGCAAAUAGGACUCACUCUUCUUGAAGAGCCUCUUAUUUUCUUUCUCCUCCACUUCAUUUAUCAUUUUAAAUAAUAAAACGACAGUCUCCCCUUUAUUUUACUCUUGGACUUGUAUUUUCUGUAGGCUAUAUAUGAAUAUUUGUUAUUGUUUUAUUAUUUGUUUUUCCUCCUUUGCUUUAAUGUUUCGUGUGUAUUUUGUGUUCAGUGAUGUGUAGUGAUAUAUAUGUGGGGAAAUAAUAAAAAUGAUCAUUUGAAAA